GCUAUUAGGUAAAUUGUAGAAAAUAUUGAAAUUUUGAGUUAAUUACAUUUGGAUUAACUUAUUAUUGAUUACCCAGGUUUUGGAUCUCUCGCCUCUGACGCUGCUGACUGUUGCCAGAGUCCAGAGAGAGAUAGAGAGGGCUAUGGCGUUGAGAUCCUCCGGUAGAAAACUAUCCUUUGAGAUCCUAACGAAGAGCAAUUCUCUGGAAGAAGACCAAUUACUUCUCCUCAGCCAAUCAAGCCCCGAUACCGCGAGAUCGAGCCCGACGAACAACAUUCCCAAGAAGAAGCGAAGGAGGAACAAGCACAAGAAGUCGAGCCCUCAUGCCGAUUCCUACUCCACAAUCGCCGAGGAUCCAUCGGCGGCGGGAAGCAGCCUCGCGGGUUCAAAUUCAAAUUCCAAUUCCGUGAUCGAGUCGCCGAUAUCUGCAACGGGGGAGUUGCAAAAUGGAAGCGUGUUCAUGGAGGAUAGGUUUAGCAGCCGUUACGGUGGAGGAGGCAGCGUGGUGUGUACUACACCAACAAUCACUGUCGUCGAGUGUGUGUGCGAUAACUCUACAAACAACGGCGGCAACAGCUAUGUCGAGUUGAGGCAGCGGAAUGUUGUAAGCGUAGGAGGAGAAGGAGAGGGAAGGAAUGAUGAGGAUUUGCCUUCUGUUCUGAGGGUGAUUGGAGAGACUACCGUGGAGCGCGAGUUGGAGGUCGUUUCUGAUGAUAAACCGCGAAAUGAGCCGCCGCCGAUGCCCAAUGGCGGUUGCUUGCCGAGGUUGGAGACUGCAGAGUCAUUGGAUUGGAAGCGACUCAUGGCCGAGGAUCCUACUUAUCUCUUUUCAGUGGAGAAGUCACCAUUGAAUUACUUCAUGGAUGAAAUAGACGAAGGCAACUCAUUACGGCGAACAACAACUCUUGGCAGUGAGAAAGAAAGGGAGAGGGUAUAUGACACUCUAUUCCGCUUACCAUGGCGAUGUGAGCUGCUUAUUGAUGUUGGCUUCUUCGUGUGUUUGGAUUCCUUCCUGUCACUGUUGACUGUCAUGCCAACAAGGGUUCUGAUGACUCUUUGGAGGCUUCUCAAGAGAAGGCAGUUCCAGAAGCUCUCUGCUGCGGACUGGUCAGAUUUUGGCUGCUUUAUUGUGUUGGCCUCUGGAGUCCUUCUUUUAGACCGAACAGAUAUCAGCUUAAUAUAUCACAUGAUUCGUGGUCAAGGAACAAUCAAACUAUAUGUGGUUUACAAUGUUUUGGAGAUAUUUGAUAAAUUAUGCCAAAGUUUCGGAGGAGAUGUAUUUCAGACAUUGUUCAAUUCUGCUGAGGGUCUUGCUAGCUGCCCACCAGAAACCAAAAGAUUCUGGAUUUGGAGAUUUCUUGCAGAUCAAGUCUUGGCAAUGGCAUUUUCCAAUAUCCUUAUACUUCUCCAUUCUUUCCUUCUAUUAGCUCAGGCAAUUACUUUAUCCACAUGCAUUGUUGCUCACAAUAAUGCAUUAUUGGCUUUGCUGGUAUCAAAUAAUUUUUCGGAGAUAAAAAGCAAUGUCUUUAAGCGUUUCAGCAAAGAGAACAUUCACAAUAUUGUAUACGCUGAUUCAGUGGAGAGAUUCCAUAUUACAGCAUUUCUACUGUUUGUUUUGGCUCAAAACAUCCUAGAAGCCGAGGGUCCAUGGUUUGAGAGUUUUGUUUAUAAUGCACUCUUGGUUUUUGUAUGUGAAAUGUUAAUCGACAUCAUAAAGCAUUCAUUCCUUGCAAAGUUCAAUGACAUAAAACCUAUCGCCUAUUCUGAAUUCUUAGAAGAGCUGUGCAAUCAGACUCUAAAUAUUCAAUCUGGGGACAAAAAGAAGAUUCUCACUUUUAUACCGCUGGCACCAGCAUGCGUAGUCAUCCGAGUGCUCACUCCAGUAUAUGCAGCUCACCUACCGUACAGCCCACUCCCUUGGAGACUCUUCUGGGUAUUCCUGUUGACUUCCAUAACCUUUGUCAUGCUCACAAGCCUGAAGAUAAUGAUCGGUAUGGGACUGCAAAAGCAUGCCUCUUGGUAUGUAAACAGGUGCCGCAGAAGGAAACACCAUCUUCACUCCGAGUAAUCCUGGCAUGGAAUAAGUAGAGAAAACGAAAUGGGUGAGAUAUCACACUCCACUCCUUCCAGCUCCACUGCUGUCAUGAGUUAUAACGGGAGUCACCUCAAGUUUUGCCAGAACAAUCUUUCUUCUCCAUUAUAGCCAGCUCGCUGACUCAACGCUGUCUAUGAUCGGAGAGAAGUUAUCCCGUCACUCGAGCUUGCCUGUAUGGUAAAAUUUUGUUUCAAUCUCGUGCUUUCAUUUUCGACUCGAGAGAGCACGAAAUCUUACAAUGUAAUCAUAAUGAAGCCUCCUGCAUUCUCAAGAACCUCAAGGGCAGCUAGCUUCCUCUGUUUUUUGUGUUUAAUAGUUGGGACUUGGGAGUGUAUGAGCUAUAUUGAUAGAAUGAGCAUAUGCAUAGAAAUAGUUCAGCCCUAAAGUGUACAAAUUUAGUUUCCACCUUUACGUGUGUUUGGGGUUGGAUGGUGCUAUAGCUCUGCAACUCCUUUUAUUUUACGAUUACUUGGGGGUUG